CGUCGUUCUCCCAGGUAGUUUGAGUAAAAGGAACUGUUGUGCAUAACUGUGGUUGACGGAAGUUUUAUUUCUACCACUUCUUUAUCUGCUUGCCUGGUAAAUGCAUUUCAUGCAUUUACUAUAGCCUUAAGAGUAUCAGCAUCACGUGUGGCAGAUGUGUGGAGAGUAACUGUGCAGACCAGUGUCACUGUGUGUAUAAAGGGUUAAGAUCCCCUAGAUCUUGCCUGGAAUGUAUAUAUCACCUUAACAGACAUCUGAAGAAAUAUAUAUCAUAUGAACUGAUAGAUGAAGUGUUGUUAUACUUGUAUACUUUGUGAGUGUUUGAUAAUGACAAAUGGACAGAACUGCAACAAUGGAACCCCCAAGUGAUAUCGGUACAAGAUAAGUAGGACGAACUCAUUUUACCCAAUUUUUGUGAGACCCCGUUUAAGUAAAGUGUCACAGAAUUCAUCAUAUACAGUGCUUUAGAACAAAACAGUCUGUGUCAUUUAACUUCUGUCAGUGUCAUUAAAUGAACACUCAUCUAAAUUUUGACAUAAAGUCAAAUAAUUACAGCAGUUGUGGUUUCCAACUUAAACUGUUCAAGUGUUUAUCCAGAAAGUUUACAAUAGUGACGUCCAUAUGCUUGGAAAAACAUUUUACGUAUAAAUAUUCGUGAGGACACGAAUUAUUAGAACAGGGAGAAGACCGACCGGCAUUUCGAGUGAGUUGUUCGUGACGAGAUAUUCUGGAACAGAAAAGAGCGGCAUUUCGAGAAGUCGUGGUAUUCCGGAACAGCGAGAUCAACAUUUCAAGACAUCUUAGUGUGAUGUUCACCGGUGAAGAACAGUGACUUCAGUGUGAUGAACUCUUUGAUGUUUUUGGUGUUUUAUCACUGAUUUUAAACAGUAUUGUCGGUAUUUCAAGUAUAUUUGUGUGAAAAUAUUUAUAGAAUUACAGAAGUUAUUCUGAUAUUUUCAGGAUAUAAUUUACAUAUUGUAAAGAAUCUGUUAAAAGAUCCUUUCAUACGGAGUGAUUUGCAAGAAAUUUUUCAGGAAUGAUAGUACGGUAUUGAAUGUAAGAAAAAUUUCAGUGCACUUUAAUUUGGUGAAGAUUCUAACAAAUAACUGCAUGAAUCUAUAUCUUCUUUUUUUUUCACUUUAAAUUCUAAAUUUAACUACUUUACAGUGUGACUGCUAUAUUGGAACACUCUUAAGUAAUUUGAAUACAUUGAAAAAAACUGAUUUAUUCAAUUUUUGAACAUUUUUUAGCUGUAAAACAUAUUCCAGCCAUCUGUCAUUGUUUAUAAACAUUGGUGACCUACUUGACAGUUAAAAGUACAGGUAUUUCUCCAAGCUGAAGGUGUGUGGGGAUUCUCUUAUUUGAUUGGUUGAUCUGGCUUUGGAAUCCUUUGGUGUUCUAUUUUUGGACUUGUGUUCUAUUUCUGGUUGUUUUCCAUUGGAUUAUAUUGACCUUGGCUAUAUUUAUAUUCUAUAGCUAAUCUUUAUUUAUAGAAAUAUUAGACAGUACAGAGUUAUCUUUCAUUGAUAUACAUAUAUUGUUGUGUAUUGAUUGAAUAUUACACAUUAAUUUGUUGAUGGAUUAUAAUUAGCUAGAUGUUUUUUUCAGAGGUGGUACAUUAAAAGAAGCUGUGUUAUUUAGUGUGUGAUACAAUAUAAACAAUAUACAGAAUUACUUAAUAGAUAGAAUUAGUAGUUAAUUAUUAAAGAAGCUGUUUCAUAUAUUGAUUAAACAGUGGUGUUCCACAUAAAAGUUGUAAUAAAUAGAAUAGUGUUGUAUUAAAGCAGCUGUGUCAUAUAACAGUUUUAUUAAGCUGUAAACAAAAUACGGGUGUUGUAAUAAAGCAGCUGUGUCAUAUAAAGGUGGUAUUAAGUUAUAAACAAUAUAAGGGUGUUUGAAAUAGAAUUAUUUCAUUAAUCAUUACCUUACUUAAACAUUCUAAAAUUAAUUUUGAAUUAAUUUUGGAAAUAAUAACAGAGCUCUACAAACACUUAGAUUAAUUAGGUGAAGCAAAGGUUUAAAAGUUAAGAGAAAACAUAUUGCAGCACACCGGUAUACACUGAUUGUAGUUAAAGGUAGCUUUACUAAAGAGUUAAUGAAUUGAAGUAUGGUUCAUUACGGAAUGUUGGGAAUUUGAAAGUGAAAUUGAAAAUAGAAUAAAGUUGAGAGAAAAUAUUCAUAUUGUAUUGAAGUAAUACAAAUAUUGAAGUGAGUAACAGACAAUUUUGAGUUACUUUGUUGAAUAGGAUAUCACAGUUGAACUGAAAGGAGAGUUAUUGAUUUGAAAUAGGCUGAAAGAGUUGAAAAAAUUCAGUUUUGAAAUUGAAUAAAUAUAUUUGAAAAUAGUUUGAAAGAUUGAAUUGAUUUGUUUGAUCAAGUUUGAUUGAAUAAUACAAGGAUUGAAAAGAGUACCGUGAAAUCAUAUAUAAGUUGAAAGGAUAAAUAAUCGCGGCAAGUGUACAUAAAGUAAGCGCAGUUGUGUAGUAAUUUAGUACUGAAUAUAACGCAAUACUGAAUUAAGAGUGAAGGAGUUUGAUUAAAUCUACACGUAGUAGUAUACUAUUGAAAGUUUUCAGUAAAAGUGAAUAGCUACUGAACUGAAUACAAGAAUAAACGACUUGAGAUAGUUUGAAAUUGUUCAUAGAAAGAGCAAACGGGAAUUGGAUAACAGUGUCGAUAGUACAUACCAGAGUGAUUUAUGGGUGAUAUAAUUGAAAUAUAGAAUUUGUGAAGCUUGCGUGCACAUUGUAUUCACAAAUAGAGACUUUUAGAGACAUUGGAAGCAUAUUUGUUAUACUUGGAGAAGAACUAUAUUUAAUACCAGGAACUGAAAGUGACUACAGUGAAAUAAUUUUUUGUGACACAGAGAAACAUGGAUAUCUCAAAAGUAACAGAAGAGGACUUGAAACUUCUAGAACUGAUGCACGGUUUGAAAGACUCCCCUAAAGUAGAGAAUAUGGAUGAUCUAAUUUCAUACAUGAAACAUUUUGGUGGAGAAGAACCAGAUUUUUCAAAGCAUGGUGCUACAGCAGCCGAGGUUAAGAUGGAGACUACUAUUAAGGAAGUAACCGGUAGCAAGUUCCCCCGGAUAUCAUUGUUUAAUGGUUAAACAGGAAAGGGAGAAGUGACUUACCCUACCUGGAAGUAUGAGAUUUGUUGCCUACUGGAAGAGAAAACUUACACAAAAGAACAGAUUUUACUUGGUAUUAGACGACGCGUGAAAGGAGAGACAGCAAAUAUUUUGAGAAGAUUAGGGACUAAAGUGACCAUUGAAGAAUUGAUGUGCAAAUUUGAAAGUACAUAUGGGGAUAUUGAAUCACAAGAAUCGAUUCUGAAAAAGUUUUAUGCCAGCAAACAAGAACCAAAUGAAUCUGUUCUAAAAUAUUCAGCAAAGUUAGAAGAAAUUUUUGCACAAGCUGGGGAAAUCGGUGCACUAGAUCCUAAACAUGAGAAAACUUUAAAAGUGUUUUUUAUUCAGGAUUGAGACAACCACAGAAAUAAAUGUGUAAUUACAAAUUUGAAACAAUAGACGAUUACGACAAGUUCAAAGUAGAAGUAAGAAAAAUAGAAAGUGAAAUUGAAUCAUUACAGAAAGAUACAACUGGGAAGUGCCAUUCAGCCAGCUUAAGCCAGAAAAGACUGAAUUAGGAGAAGUGAAAGAUUUACUACAACAAAUGAAUGAAAGAAUUAAUAAACUAGAAUUAGAAAGAGAAGAACCAUUAAAUACGAGUAGAGGACGAGGAUAUAGAGUAAGGAGACAUAUGAGAGGAAUUUUUUACCAUGGUCAAGGCAGAGGAGACUGCAGACCUACCCGCCCGUUAGGGUCUAACAAGUUCACACCAGCAAAUGUCAGAUAUCCAUCCCCAACAGUUACAUGUUAUAGAUGCAACAAGAAGUGUCACAUUGCCAAAUACUGUCAAGAACAUUUAAACUGAAUUGUGCUUCUGUCAAUGGACCAGCCAGCAGCACUUUUGAAAAACAAGGUCCAAAGUUAGUAGGUUAAUCUAAUGAAGCUGAUAUUUUGAUAAAUAAUAUAUCAACUACAGCACUUAUAGAUACAGGCAGUUGUAUAAGUACCAUUAGCCAAAAUUUCUACGAGAACAACUUACAAGAUAAGCCUCUCUUGCCAGUGAAAGAUAUUUUGAGCAUUGAAUGUGCAGACGGUAACACAUUACCAUACCAUGGAUACAUUGAAACAACAUUAUCUAUACAUGGAAUUCCAAACUGCAAAGAACAACAUUGUUUAUUUCUCAUUGUUCCAGAUACACACUACAAUAACAAGACGCCCAUACUCAUUGGUACUAACAUUUUAAAUGAAAUGAUGAAAGACUGUAGAGAAAAUUUUGGUGACAGCUUUUUACGGAAAGCCAAAUUACAUACCCCGUGGUAUCUAUCCUUCCGUUGUAGCACCAUCAGAGAGAAAGAACUUAAAAAGAAUAAAGACAAAAUUGCCAUAGUAAGAAGUGCCGAAACAUCUAAAGUUACACUUGGUCCAAAUCAAUCUAUCAAUAUUAAAGGCUUUACAGAUAAAGAAUUAGAGUACAGUCCUACAUGUGCAAUUCUACAAGAGACAGAAACCUCCCAGCUGCCAAUCAAUGACAUAACUCCUUCAGUCAACACUAUGUUUACAGAAAGAAUGGAGAGAUCACAGUCAACUUGUCAAACUUGACCACAAACACUGUAACAAUAUCCCCUAAAGCAAUCUUGUGCGAGUUACAACCAGUCACGGUAGACGAAACUGUAUUCAACAACUUAGAGAAUACAACCACUCAUCAAAUCUUCGAUGAUGUACACAUAGAAUCAUCGCUAACUCCUGAACAAGAUAGACAAACCAAAGAGCUCCUUCUGAAACAUAAAGAGAUCUUUUCAACAAGUGAUACAGAUAUUGGACAUUGCGAUAAAAUCAAACAUAGAAUAGAUCUUUUAAACGAAACCCCUUUUAAACAGAGGCAUCGACGUAUUCCUCCCACUAUGAUUGAUGAGGUGAGACGCCAUUUAGAACAACUCUUGCGUAGCGGUGUUAUACAGAAAUCUAAAUCUCCUUGGGCUAGUAAUGUGGUACUAGUACGAAAGAAGAACAACAAACUUAGAAUGUGUGUCGAUUAUAGGUCCCUUAAUGAAAGGACCAUUCGCGAUGCGUACGCCCUCCCUAGGAUUGAAGAAGUGUUCGACGCACUACAAGGAUCGAAAAUAUUUUCAACUAUAGAUAUGAAAAGCGGCUACCAUCAAGUCGAAAUGGAAGACACUCAUAAGGAUAGAACAGCGUUUACAGUGGGACCGCUUGGUUUUUACGAAUACGUUAAAAUGCCAUUCGGUCUUUCAAACGCUCCUGCUACCUACCAGAGACUAAUGGAAGAGUGCUUAGGUGACUUUAAUAUGAAAAUCUGUAUCAUAUACCUAGAUGACUUGAUUAUUUUUAGUAACUCUUUUGAACAACAUCUAGAACGCCUCGACCUUGUACUUUCUAGACUUCAAGAAUGCAAUCUGAAACUUUCAGCAGAUAAAUGUUACUUCAUGGCAGAAAAAGUUAAAUUUCUAGGACACAUAGUUAGCAAGGAAGGAAUUGAAACUGAUCCGGAUAAGAUUGAAAAAGUUCGCAACUGGCCGACACCAAAAAACCCUGACCAACUUCGAUCGUUUAUUGCUUUUUCUUCGUACUAUCGCAGGUUCAUCAAAGAUUUUUCAAAGAUUACUAAACCCCUAACAGAUCUCUUACCGCCAACAUCAGCAAAGAAGAUGAAACAGAAACAGACAAUGGAAUGGAAAUGGGGUAGUGAACAGCAGAAAAUAUUUCAUAAUUUGAAAGUCAUCUUAACAUCUCCACCUAUACUGGCAUAUUCAGACUUUCAACAGCCGUUAUAGCUUCAUACAGAUGCGUCGACGAAAGGUCUUGGAUCCGUCUUAUAUCAGACACAAAAUGGUCAGAAGAAAGUAAUCGCUUAUGCAAGUCGCAGCUUAUCAAGAUCGGAAAAGAACUAUUCUGUAUUUAAGCUUGAGUUCCUUGCAUUGAAAUGGGCAAUUACAGAACAAUUUUCAGAUUACUUGAUAGCAAAUAAAUUCACAGUGUAUACAGACAAUAAUCCUUUGACACAUGAAUUAACAUCAGCCAAAAUAGAUGCCACAGGACAACGCUGGGCUUCAGCGCUUGGAGAAUAUAAUUUUGAAUUAUCUAUAGAGCAGGUUUGAGAAACGCAGACGCUGAUGAUAUGUCCCGAUACCCUUAUGAUCAACUUACAGAAUCGAAUACUGAUUUCAUCAAGAUAGAAGACAGUACAGUCAAAACCAUUUGUCCAUCCAGUCAAAUGCCAGCUUUUAUCGAAAUACUUCCUGCUGCUUCUAUUAACAUCAUAGACAUAAGUGAUACACCUGGACAGCCGUUUGCUCAAAUCGAAAGCAGAGAAAUCAGAAGAAACCAACGUGAAGAUUGCAUAAUUGGAAAGUGGGUUAGAGCAACAAUUGAUAAACACCUACCUGACAAGAAACAUUAUUUCACUAGAGAAGAUUAUACUAUGAAAAGAACUUUAACAACUUAAAGAUGAUAAGAGGGAUAUUAUACAGAGAAAUUAUGGAUGGGGAAAACAGAUUACAACAGUUAGUUUUACCAAGUGUGUAUAAGAAAACAGUCCUUACAGGUCAUAAUGACGUGGGCCAUCCUGGCAGAGUUAGAACUAUGUCUUUAGUACGUGAGAGAUUUUUCUGGUCAAGUAUGACGGCAGACAUAGAGCAAUGGAUAACGACAUGUGACCGCUGUCUUAGAAGGAAGGCUUCAACAAACAUACGUGCUCCUCUAGUAAAUGUGGUGACUACUUACCCUCUUGAAUUACUGUGUAUAGACUUUCUUACAGUAGAUCCCUGCAAAGGCUUUGGCCAUUCCAACUAAAAACCAGACUGCGAAAACAACUGCAGAAGCAUUAUAUGAACAUCUAUUCGUGAAUUAUGGUAUACCUACACGCUUACAUUCAGAUCAAGGCAGGAAUUUUGAAUCCGAAACAAUAAAAGAACUCUGCAAAUUAUUCAGUAUAGACAAGUCGCACACUACACCAUAACACGCCAUGGGAAAUGGAACUCCUGAACGCUAUAACCGCACAUUACUAAACAUGCUUGGUACUUUAGAACCAGAAAAGAAAACUGAUUGGAAGAAGUAUCUCCCUACACUUGUACAUGCGUAUAAUUAUACAAAACACGAAGUCACAAAAUAUUCUCCAUUUGAAUUGAUGUUUGGUCGUAAACCAGUUUUACCAGUAGAUACUCUCUUUGAAAUUCAUCAUCACAUAUAGAGUAUAUAGAAAACCUCAAGAAAAGGAUAAAAGUUACACAGGAAAUAGUGAACAAAAAUAUUGAAAAGGCUAAAGUGAAGCAGAAAACAUGUUAUGACAGGAAGGCAAAGGCAGUGAGAAUUGAGAUAGGAGAUACAGUAUUGGUUAAAAUUCUAGCAUUUGAUGAAAAACAUAAAAUUUCUGAUAAAUUCGAGAAAGAUGCAUGUGAAGUGAUAGAUCAACCAAACAAGGAUAUACCUGUGUUCGUCAUUAAAUCACCAAAUGGAGAAACAAGAACCCUACACAGAAACCAUCUUUUUCCUCUGGGAUUCAUCCAAAAUGAAACUGAUAAGGAAAAGAUAACUUCUGUAAUGAUAGAUGAAGGGAAACCCAUACCUAAACCAAGAAAAAUUGGUAAGGUCUGAUAAAGAUACAGUAGCUGCUAAAGAACAGAAAGAAUUGGAUGAUAUGAGGAAUAAAAAGAAAUGUGACGUCACAGAGGUGGAAAUAGAUAGUGAUGAGUCUGGAGAUGAAUUUGUAGUAACUACAAGUAUUCCCGGGGACGCUCGGACUCCAGCUACAGUAGAGAAGGACGAAGAUGUAUGAUAAGAAGUAUCAGUAGAAGCUGAUCACUCAGCAGAAGGUGCAGUGAAAGAUACUGGUGAUGGUGAAGACAGUCUUACAGACAGUCAUACACAACCAGAAGAUGAAACAACAGAAAAAGAGAUAAUUACAAUAGAAGAUAGUGGUGAUAACAGUAAAACAAAAGAAACUGAUGAUGACACAACAGAGACGCACACAGAACAAGAAAACCCUAAAUUUGACAAACAUACAAACAAAAAGAAGAAAGAUAAACGAGAAACAGUACCAAGGAGAUCAGCAAGGGAAAAGACUAGUCCGGCUUGGCAAAAGGAUUAUUAUCUCAACCAGAUUUCUGAGAGACCAGUAGAUAGACUACAAGCUCUAGACAGACUUGUAAAUUCAGGAAUUCUAGAGAAAGUGAAUGCUGACAUUUCAUGUAAAUUUAUAGAUGCAAUAAUGAAAUGAUAUUUUAUUCUGUUUUUAAAAGAUAUUGACAAUUGGAUUAACGAGUGAACAUUAUAAAGUAUGAGGAUGUGUUUAUAGUGUCCAAUAGAAAUUGAAAAGUUGAAAGUUAAGGUAAUGAAUUGAAGAAACAGGUUGUUUUUAAAGGAUAUGUGACUGUACAUAUGAUAAUGUCUAGUGAUGAUACACAUUUUAAAAUUUUAUUCCGUAGACUUUGAAAAUUGAAGAUAUGUUUCACUCAAAAUGAAACAGUGUGUUUCACUCUUAAUGAAACACAAUACACUUAGAAUGCUAUUGAUACAAUGAGAUAUAUGUGAAUCCAUACUGGAAAUACAUAUGAAUAUUGUUACUUGUGAAACAUAUGUGAAUUCAUACUGGAGAUACAUAUGAACAUUGUUACUUAGUGAUAGUGAAACAGAUGAGAAUUCAUAUUGGAGAUACAUAUAAACACUGUUACUUAGUGAAACAGAUGAGAAUUCAUACUGGAGAUACAUAUUAGUUAAUGUAUGCAAGAUUGUUUUAGAUUGUCAUUACUUUGUAUAUUUCAUAGAAUAUAACAUGUUAUUUGAAAUUGUAGGGACACAAUUUCUGGAAAGGGGAGAGCAAGAGGCAGUUUCCGGCAAUAUGUGUGUAUGUAGUUUUAAGUUAUCAUAUUAGUUAUUUUCAGAGACAGCAGAUGUACCUGACGCAGUUAUAAUUGUAUUUGAAUGUUUAGAUUAUUCUUUAGUUAUUGUUGAUAGUAAACUUUAAGUUUAUUGUCGCUAAAUUUUUUGAGGUUUAUUGUUAAAUGACGAGACGUCAUUUUCUGUGGAGCUAGAGUGUGUAGCCGGGUCAUAUUUUCCAGAUCAUAUGACAUGUUGGUUAUGUCUCUCUCAUUGCUGCUUUCCGAUGUUUUUAUUUCUUUGGGUAUAUAUAUUGGUCUUGUGAGUACUUUGAUUAUGAUUAUUGGUCUUACGAGUACUUUGAUUUUAUUUGUGGUCAUGUGAUGAUCUGAAGUGUAUGACGUCGUUCUCCCAGGUAGUUUGAGUAAAAGGAACUGUUGUGCAUAACUGUGGUUGACGAAUGUUUUAUUUCUACCACUUCUUAAUCUGCUUGCCUGGUAAAUGCAUUUCAUGCAUUUACUAUAGCCUUAAAAGGUAACUUUGCAAUGGCUGGAAUGAUUAUUUAUUAUUCAGUUUUGGUGCUAUUUAAUGAUUUAGCGCGCUGUCUUUGUGUUCCAAAAUGGCGGUCAUGUAUAUAACUUCUGAACUUCUAUUUAUAACAUGCAUGUAUUAAUAUCUAAAUCAUUGUUCACAGUAUCUGCAUCACAUGUGGCAGAUGUGUGGAGAGAAACUGUGCAGACCAGUGUCACUGUGUGUAUAAAGGGUUAAGAUCCCCUAGAUCUUGCCUGGAAUGUAUACAUCACCUUAACAGACAUCUGAAGAAAUAUAUACCAUAUGAACUGAUAGAUGAAGUAUUGUUAUACUUGUAUACUUUGUGAGUGUUUGAUAAUGACAAAUGGACAGAACUGCAACAUAUAGACGUGCGAUUCACUUUAAAUUAGGAGAUUGAAGAUAAGACUACAUGUAAGUGUACAUUGAAGAAUGUGGGAAGGUAAUAAGUUAUUUGUUACGGAAACUGCUCGAUAAACUUAGAUAUACGCACUUCCUGUUACAAUGGCUUCCUAUAAUGGCCUGCCUCCUGUUGGAUACGAGAUGGAACCCGAGGAAAAAGAUCAUGAGUUUAGAAUAGAAUUUUUUCUUGAGGCUUUCAGAGUAUAUAUAGCACAGACUGUUGACUACAGGGAUCUCUUGCUUUUUAAGUACUUCACUCUAGAUGAGAGGAGAAAAUUUCGAAAUCUAGCUAAGAAAGCGGAUAAUGCAGAUGUUACAGAUCGAAUGGUGGAAACAAUUCUUUGGAUGAAGGAUAAGCCUGACAGAUAUUCAUCCCUUGUCCGAUUGUUUGAAACAGAAGUGGAAAAUGAAAAAGUUGUACGUCUCUUGAAAGGAGAAAUGAUGCCGUCAAACAGUGAUUAUCAAACAAAGAAAAUUCAGAAAGUAAUGAAGACCAUCUGUGAUACCCUAGUCGUUAGUGACAUAAUUCAAUCUUUAGAACAUCACAAAUUGAUAGUGCAUAGAGAAAAGGAGAGUCUCUUAAAUAUUGAACGAAAUUGUUCAAAGAUUGAUGCUGCGUUGGAUCUUCUAUUAAUAUUACCAAAUAGGCAGGAAUGCUGGUAUUCUAAAUUCAUAUUCUGCCUUAUUGAGUCAGGAUUUGAAUAUCUUGCUGAAAAGAUAGAUAGUGACCUUUAUCAAAAAAGUUUGAAGUACAAAGAGAAGAAGAAUAUACAAAAUAGUGACAGAUUGUCUACUGAAGAUCAGAAUGAGUUACAUGAACUUUGUAAAGAUUGUGAAUAUGCUAUGGAUACAAGGCACACGAAGAUACUGACCAGGCAUUUGCCAGACAUUGUGGAUCGUGUGAACCCCCAACAGUUGCUUAUGCAUCUGCCAUGUUUAUCACAGUAUAGUAAGGAAGAGAUAGAGACUGCACAGAAUUCAUUAUCUAGAGGAUAUGCAGCUCAAAUAUUGCACAAUCACCUGAUAAGAAGACCAGACGGAUUUCAGCAGUUUGUUUUUGCACUGAGACAUCCGAGUGUUGGCUGUACAGAACUUGCCGAUCGCCUGGAUCCAGAUCAUUUGAUUGGUUCUUUUCCCGAAGAGAUCCUAAGAAUGGAUGAAAAUUCUAUCAGUCUGUACAAGAAAGCAUUGAUGGAGGGAAAGCAAGCAAUAAAUACUAUUCGUGUGAUGAUAGUUGGACAUUGCGGAGUUGGGAAAACAACGCUUACAAAAAGAUUAUUUGGAGAAACUGUUGAUGUCAAUGAGGAUAUUGCCAGCACUGAUGGAAUUGAUGUUCAUAUAAAAAGAUGUAAAAUUCGUCUGACAGAUGCAAACUGGCUGCCAGUCAAUAAAGAAAGUUACCAGGAAACAUUCUGCAAUCGCUUUGCGUCUAUGAUAUCAGAAUUUUCAAAGAACUCAGGGUUACAACAAAGUGGUACUGAUGUUAAGAGUUCGGCAAAAGAAAUAAACUUAGACAAAGCUUGCAACAUAACGAGUGACAAAACAAGCAUAAAGAAACAAAAGCAAGCGGUUGACUCGAAACAACAAAAAGGCGAGUGA